AUGGGCGUAGCAGAGGUGUUGCGCUCGAGCGCGAGGCUGCUGACGACGAACUCGCCUCUGUCGCAGCAGCAGCUCAACGGCGGCUCCUCCCACGGCGGUAACAAGGGCGCGCUGUGGAAGUGGCGAUCUUUCUCGGGUCAGCCCAAAAGAACCGUAAUGUGGACAUGGGUUUGCGGUUUCAUGCUUUUCUCCUUAGGGGUCAUCUCACUCUUCACCGGUCACGUUGUCUCCCACCUCGAGUGGUAUUCUCAGCAAAAGCGGAGCUUACUGGUACCUCUCUAA